UGGGAUUGCGUAAUAUACGGUCGUGCACAUGUAGUUUGACGUAGCGGCAGGCGAGAUGAAAAGUACGGUCGAAACCGUCGUCGUCUCUGCACUGCUGCGCGGCGUUUCACGAAAUUCGCGAUGUCGUUUUUUGAAUGAAAAUAUGUCUGGCACUUGAGCACAGAAAAUGGGUCAUUCGUCGACGUGUAGUUUCUUACAAGAGUGGUCGAUAUUCGCUUAGGAACCGGGAAAAACCACUGGAACGAAAAUCGUUUGACGCAAACACGAAAGUGUGCUACUGUGAUGUCACGCCGAGGAGGAGAACAAACGAUACGGGAGAGUGUGAAAUAAAUGUAGACACACAUGCGAAAACUAUAAUCGAUGCACGUUUUGUGCGGUCUUCCCUUUAGGUUAUGCCGCGUUUCGCGAAAUUCGCAAGCGCGGGUUCCAUGAGCAUUACCAUACGCACAUGCUCGAUCAGACUUCGCCAACCGGCACUGGCUGACUCACGUGUAUCAUAACGAUAUCGAUCGCUGGAUCAGAUUCAGCGUCGCUCGUUAAUUUUGUAUUAUAAUUUAUGAGGGCUGCGUAAGGCUUUAACAGUCUUACUUGGAAGUCAAACUGCACUUCGAUAUAAAUAGUGUAAAAAAUCGAUACGUAACGUCUCGCCAGUUACAGUGAAGCAAUCGUUAAGAUCGUUAGAAUCGUUAACAAUUACAAAACAAGUUUGGCAAUCUCGGUGCUGCAUCGAUUAAAUAAAAUCGAGAAAAUAGUAACCCUCGAAGAUGGAGGAGGAAAGACUAGACAUCAACAAACCCCUGUGGGAUCUGAGUACCUUUAUAGGAAGAUGGAAACAUUUUGCUUGGGUGACUGACUUUCGUACUUGCAUCGUCCCUGAUUCCCAGUUACUCGAAGCGAAGAAACUAUUGGAGGAUUAUAAACUUGGGAAAGAGCCAGCUGGUACAACCCGAGAGCAAAUCAUCUAUGCUAAGAAGCUUUACGAGUCGGCCUUUCAUCCCGACACCGGUGACCUGCAGAAUGUCUUUGGCAGAAUGUCCUUCCAAGUACCGGGCGGGAUGGCUAUCACCGGUGCCAUGCUUCAAUUCUACAGAACAACCACUGCCGUGGUAUUUUGGCAAUGGAUGAAUCAGUCAUUCAAUGCAUUUGUCAACUAUACAAACCGAAACGCUAACAGUCCCGUCACACUAAAUCAAUUAGGGAUAGCUUAUUUAAAUGCCACCUCAUCAGCUAUGUUAACGGCAAUAGGAUGCAAAGCAUUCUGGGCCAGAAGCGCAAACCCACUCAUAAUGCGUUACGUGCCGUUCGCUGCCGUGGCAGCUGCGAACUGCGUAAACAUACCCUUAAUGCGGCUGAACGAAAUCACUAACGGCAUAGACAUUAACGAUGAAAAUGGCAAUAAGUUAACAAAGUCAAAGCUUGCGGCAGUUAAAGGUAUCAGCCAAGUAGUUAUCUCGAGAAUCAUUAUGUGCGCACCUGGCAUGCUGAUCUUACCACCUAUAAUGGAAAGACUGGAAAAAUACGCUUGGAUGCAAAAGAUCAAGCCGUUACAUGCACCAAUACAAGUUUUAUUCGUAGGCUGUUUCUUAACGCUUAUGGUCCCCACGGCGUGCGCGUUAUUCCCGCAGAAAUGCUCAAUAAAAUCGAGUUCGUUAGAACGCUGGGAACCGGAGAAUUACGAGAUUUUAAAGGAAAAUUGUAAAACCGGAGAAUUACCUACGUACUUAUAUUUCAACAAAGGUUUAUAAUCAUGGGAAUUACUACGAUGAAACCCGAAGGUGCUUUUUUAUUAUCCAGUAUGAAAUAGAAACUAAUAAUGGAAUUGAACGAAUUUCCACGUACGAUAUGUCGUCAAGGUACUCUUAGUCGAUUCAGAGGGUGAAGAAUUAAUUCCGAUGAGAAGAAUGAAUUGCGGCUGCAUUUUUAAUUUUUAUUAUGUACAGCAACAUAUUUUAAUCAUAAGUGUCAGUAUAAACAUGUAUGUCAUGGCAUUUUAAUACUCAUUAUUCUAUUCCCAAAAACGGCAUCCGUCUCUUACAAUAGAAAUAACGAUACAGCCAUUAACAAGUAAAUAUGAUGGCAAUAACUAAACUUGUCUAAUACGAUCAAUUAUCUUACUUUAAUUUAAUUAGCUAUAUUUGUUAAUAUUGUACCAUGAUCUGGCUGCGUUAGAUUACAUCGCUAACCCAGGGACUGAAUUUCUCAUACAUAAGUUUCGAAACUGUACUUAUACAAAUAGUUUACAAUUGUUUUUUUACUUUUUUAAUAGAAAAAUGUAAAUUUGUUUUUAGAAAAAUAUAAACAUAGAGACAAUAAGUACUUAAUAUAAUAGUCGCAAUGCCCCUGGGUGAAAUUUGCACUCUUAAAUCUCAAAUGACCGUCAAUAUCCUAUUGUUACUACCUCCCGAAAGUGUUACAAGAAAAAUGCUGCCAUGUAUUUUUUAGUAAUGUUACAAUAAAUAUCAUGGAAAUUAAA